AUGGGUGUCCAGUUUUCUGGUUCAGAAAAUGAAGACCUGAAUCAAAAUGAUAGUGAUGAUCAAGACUCUUCCUCUCUAUGCAAGGGAAGCAACAGUACCAGCAGUGCUGAUGAAGACGAGACCAGUGAAGAGAAAGGAGACUUUUUCAGCAAUGCGUCAAGAAACAGCCAUCACCCGUACAAAGAAGGUUCAAGUGAGAGCAGUAAGGAAGACAGUAAAAAUCAUGAUGAAGAGGGUGACUCGAGUGAAGAAGAAGGUUUGACUUGACACAAAGGUUCAGGUGGUCCAGAUGCGAAAGAAAGAGCCAGCAAUGCAAAUAAAAGUUCAAGUGACGAGGAAGAGAUGUCAGAGAAGAAAGAUAUCCAAGUUUAGCAGUGCCUUCCUGACAAGCUACUGUCACCGAUAUAUUCAAAGAAUGUGCUUUGUUCAGCCUUCCACAUCAUUUAGACUGCCAAGUUAGUGCAGUUUCUGAUGGCUGGAUUAGCUUUGAAGGAGGUGGUAUGAUUCAAAAUGAUGAUCUUAAUGGUUUAAUGGCAGGGGGAAGAAAAUCCAAGAUAAAUGGUUGUCCAACUUUAUUAUUGAUGAAUACCUGAGGCUUAUUCAAGUGACUUGCGCAGCUAACAACAGUUUGGCAGUUGAAACCUUGCCAUGGGAAUUGUUUGAGAGAGCAGUUGGUUCACUACCAGUGCAUCGCUUGUUGAAAGGGAGAAGUCCACUUCUGCUUCAGGAUGUAGUCCUUGUGCCAUGCAAUACCCCAGAGUCUGAGCACUGGACUCUCCUAGCAGUUCUGCCAAAGGAGAAAUCUGUUGUUGUCUUAGACAGUAUGCCAAGUAACCACAUUAAACAUACAAGUCUUGAUGCUAUUUCUAAGAUGUGUGGCCUUCUCAAAGAGAUCAACAGCAAUGUAGACCUGAAUCAGUGCAAGCUUAUAGUGAACAAAAAAGGAGAUGUUCCUGAACAGACCAAUGACUAUGACUGUGGAGUGUUCACUUGCUUGUAUGCAAGAUGCUUGCAGGGUUGGUUAUGGUGA